GACUAAUUUUGUCAUAUGAUUUCACUACCCACCCAAGAAGAGUACCUCUCUAAUGUACUUCAGGUGCUGGCAUUUUUCAGUAGUUUGGUAAUUAAUAGGACUCUCAUAUACUAAUUGUUGUACGAUAGUAAUUAAAAGAUGGAUACCAAUCAGUGUUUGUUUUCUUUGCAACAGGUUAAAAAAACAACAACAAACAGUAUCCUAGUUGAACGAUUCUCACAAUUAUUUGGAAACUUGUCAUCUGUCACUUUAUACCGUAUUUUAUAAUCUCAGAAAUUAGGAAGAAAAAAAAAAACAAUUAGAAUUAAAAAAAAAUCUAAUAAUCUACGUAGAAGUUUCCAGGCAGCCAGUCUCUCUAUAAGUACCCCCUUCUUCUUUCUCCCUUCAUCAGCACCUCGACUUUUAACUUACUCCAUUAACAUACUCUUCUCUUCUCUCCUUUUCCUUCUUCUUCUUCUUCUUCUUCUUCUUCUUCUUCUUCUUCCUUUCAGUCCCUCGCGCCAUGGGGAAUUGCUUAGCCCCAAGCAAGAAAAGGUGCCAAGUACACCAAGUAGAAGAACAACAUGACCUCCCUGCAGUUAACCGUAAAUCCGACAAUACGACGAAUCCAGAGAAGUCAGGGGAAUUUCUGAUCAGCAAGGGCGAAACCGACGACGGCGGCGGUAGUGGGGUGAAAGUGAAGGUAGUUCUGACCAAGGACGAGCUCGAAUGGCUCAUGUACGAGCUCAGGGUGAAAAAUAAUGGAAGCAACAGCACCGUCGGCGGCUCCACGAAGAAGCUUGAGGAUGCUCUGGCUGAGAUCGAGAGAAACAGAGCACUGAAAUCGGUCAGUGUCUACCAGUGCUGGCAGCCUUCUUUGGAGAGCAUUAUCGAGAGCCCAGAAGAGGUUGGAUCGGGAAGAUAUUAUUAGGAUGCAGAUAGAUAGUCGCCAUUUUCGAUCUGUGAUUUGAUCAAAUUCAUGUUUUGGGGUCACUUUUUUUUUAGGGGUGGUUUUUUUCUUCCCCGGCCUCUGCCUUUGGGACCUCUGUUUUCUUAUGUCCGAUGGUGCCCUGUUUUUCCAUGUGGGUUUUGGUGAUAAAACCUUCACAAAAAUAUUUUAUGAUGCAUUGUGUAUAUAAAGAGAGAUCGUUGUUUUUAAUAGAAAUUAUGUAUAUUUAUAUUUUGGAGAAUGAAUUAUAUAUCUUUAU